AUGGGUUUCGUUAGGCUGGGCCAGGCGAGGUCCAUCUUCUCCGCUAUGCUGGCCGCCUUGCUCGUGUGCAUGGUUUAUCUCUACUGGACCCCAACCAUCGCAUCGCCCACUAUCUCUACCGUCCCUAGCAUUGCCUUCGAGGUCCCCUUAGUCGAACGCCAAAAGGACUUCUGGAAAGACUUCCACCCCCUCCUCACUCGUUAUAAUCCCGGUUGUCCGCCCCCGGUGAGACAGGAAAAUGCACCCUCAAUCCAUUUCAACCCCACCGAGGAGAUUCCUCGACCUAACCUGUCCAAAUUGACCGAGGAGUGUCUCUGGCUGCUGGAAGGGUCUCACGACCAAUUCCUAAAGGAAAUCACCAAACCGGGGCGAGAGUUUAAACCCGUCCAUACCCUAGGAACGCGAGGAAUUGUAUCGACGGCUGGCGCGGCGUAUCUGCCGGUCUUUGUUAACUCGCUUCUUAUGCUUCGUCGAACUGGGUCCGAAUUGCCGGUCGAGGUAUAUAUGAAAGAUGCAGACGAGUAUGAGAAACACCUUUGCAAUGAUGUGCUUCCAGGCAUGAAUGCGCAAUGCUUAAUAAUGAGCGAUGUUAUGGGCAACGAGGCCAUUGAACACUAUCAGCUCAAGAGUUUUGCUAUGCUUUUCUCCUCUUUCGAGGAUAUGAUCUGGAUGGAUGCGGAUUGUUUUCCGCUAGACAAACCCGAGGAUCUACUUGAUUCGGAGCCAUACACCUCAAUCGGUAUGGUCACCUGGCCCGAUUUCUGGUAUUCUUCGGCGUCUCCCGUAUAUUAUCAGGUUUCGAAACAAGAGAUCCCGCAUAUGACUACCCGCCAAUCGACCGAGGCCGGUGUUAUUCUUAUUUCAAAGAAAACACAUUUCCUUCCGCUAUUGCUCGCUGCCUAUUACAAUUUUUACGGUCCGUCUCACUACUUCAGACUACUCACCCAGGGAGGACCCGGGGAAGGAGACAAAGAGACCUUUAUCGCUGCCGCCGGUGCACUUAAAGCUCCCUUUUAUACUGUGAGUGAGAAAGUGCAAGCAAUUGGGCAUAAAGAUACAACCAAGUUUUCGGGGUCGACUAUGGUCCAAUCGGACCCACGAGAAGAUUAUGUCCUUACCUCGCAGGGCAAAUGGAGAGUAAAGGAUCCCUCCGUGGCCCCUGCUCCACCUAUCUUCUUUGUCCACGCAAAUUAUCCGAAAUUCAACCCCGGAGACAACGCCUUCAAUGCGGGUUCGGAGUCACCUACGGUCAAUGAGAACGGGACAGAUAUACGGAUAUGGCAAGGUCCCCCGGAAGUUCUCCAACGACUCGGAUUUGACGUGGAAAAGGCUUACUGGGAAGUAAUAAAGCGGUCGACCUGCGAUCUGGAAACGGUCUUUGAAUCGUGGAAGGGCAAGCCAGGUCUUUGUCAGUGGGUCGAGGAUCACUGGAAAAAGGUCUUCGCUGAGCCUCAUGAAAACAACCCAAAAUUCACACAAGACGGUUGA